AUGAAGAAAAAUUAAAGCCCUACUCAGAUAGUUGAGGAAAUUAAAUCUCAAUUCAAAGUAAUCUCUAAAGCAGGCAAAGCUAGUGAGUAGAUGUACGUUAAUCUCCAGAAAAAAGACUACUCUAACGAUCUAAGGUACAUAAAGCCUGACACACCCUAGAAAUACCAAGAAGUAAAGAAAAUUACUACUGACUAAAUCAAGAAGAUAAAGGAUUUAAAACUAAGUCUAAAAGAGAAUAAGGACAUGAUGGAUCCAAGAAAAGCGAUUCCAACUCUAAACGAGUUCAGCAGCCCUCCUAAGUUGUAAAUAAUAGAACUCAAAUAAAAUUUAUAACUUUAGCUGGACUAAGAAAGAUUAGAAGAGUAAGAUCAGAGUAGAUAUGACUUUUAAAACUCUAAACUAAUAAUGCCUCCACUCACUCAGAGAUUUUCUAGUCAAAAAGAUUUAAUGAUGAAUAACAACACUGGCUCUAAUAGCAGCAGAAUGGAUAAUUAUCAUAAUGACGGUGAUGAUACCAUUAGGGAUGACAUUUAACUUUUCAAGACCUCAUUAGUGCAUCAACAAACUUCAAACUCAAAUUUGCUAGAUUAAUCUUAGCAAUAGCAAUAUAUUCCAAACAGGAGAUAAUUAGAAAAAUCUUCAAGUCUCCCGACUCUAAACUAAUCAAAAGUAUAGUAAAUAGAUAGAAGUCAAAUCGAGCCAUACUUGAUGAACUUGAAAUUCAGCAGGUAAACCAAGAGAAAGGGCAUAGAUACAAAAGAUGUGAAUGAAAACAGAUUUGAAAACAUAAAUAAGUUUCCUGAAACUCUCUCAUAGAACAAAAAGAUCAUUUGGAAUUUGAAGUUUGACAAGCAAAAACAAAGAGAUGAGGAUUGGAUAAGGAAAAAAGACUCUUUUGGGCAGUAAUAUGACCUCGUAGAUGUAGAAAAAUUCAAGUUCAAAAAAACUUACAUUGCAAAGAUUGCAGGUGACUAAACUGGAAAUAAUAAUCAUCAUAACCAUGGGGGUAAUCUGUCCAGUAGAUAUUACUAUUGA